UUACAAUGGAUGUUGGCAUUGUCAAAAUUGCAGAAGAUAAAGAUUUUGAGAAACUGAAGCAGUUGUAUGACGAUAAUAACAAUUGGAAAUUAGAUUAUAACAAGCCUGAUUUAUCUGUUUGGACAAAAUCCGUCCCAGGAAUUAGUUUUAAAAUGGUGAAAAUUAGGACACGUUUCCCCGAUGUUUCACCAGAAACACUAUACGAUGUUUUACAUGAUCCUGAGUAUAGAAAAGUUUGGGACACUCAUAUGAUUGAAUCAAAAGAUAUAGGGUUUUUUAAUCCAAACAAUGAUAUUGGAUAUUAUUCCAUGGCAUGUCCAUCUCCGUUAAAAAAUAGAGACUUUGUCCUUCAACGAUCUUGGUUGGAUACUGGUAUAGAACAGUUGAUAUUGAAUCAUUCCGUUUAUCAUAAAGAUUAUCCACCUAGAAAACACUUUGUACGAGCAACAUCUUACCUCACAGGUAAUAUUAUUACAAA